AUGAAAUCGGUGACAGUCUCCAAGCGUUGCUCCCCCCUGCGCUUCCGCGUCUCGCCGCUGCCGUCGGAGAUCCCUUCGCUUCACGGACGCCCCCUCCCACGGGAGAGCCCCCGAAGCGGGACCACGCGGGCUUCGUAUGCGGGGGACGCCAUCACGCCGCGGGCAUACGUGGCUGACGGGCCAGCGGCCCGGUUGCGCCGCUCGUUUAGUCACGGCGAGCGGGACGAGGAGGCGGGGGUCGAGAGGACCUGCGAGGGCCUGAAUAGCGGCCCGGUGCUGACGCCCCCCACGCCCCCCGACCUUCGUGUCACCGCUCCCGACGUGAUUGACGGGGCAAGUCAAGCCGUUCCCGCAAAUGCGGAUGUGGCCUUCCUGGCUGUGACCGACGUGCCCGAGCCUCUUGAGUUUCUGUGGAAUUUUGGAGACUCUACAAAUGCCAGAACGAGCACCACGAACGUCACCAAAAGAUACCACACUCCUGGAAGGUACAACGUAACAGUGAUGGUGUCUGAUGGCCACACCUCCUUCACCUCUGGAGUGUUGCCUGUAUUUGUGCAAAGAGCAGUGAAGCUCAACAAGUUGUUCCACGGAGCCUUUGUUCUCCGGAACCGCACGGCCACGGUGAGUUGCAGAGUCAAUUCCGGCACCGACGUCACCUUCCUGUGGAACUUUGGUGAUGGGACGACGAGGCUGGGACGAAGCACUGAGCAGCACGUAUUCCUCAGGACUGGAGAGUUCCAAAUGGACGUGACCGUGUCCAACCGGGUUAGUUCUGCCUCCCUAAGCAGCAUCAUUUUUGUCUUGGACCGCCCAUGUCAGCCUCCACCUGUCAAGAACACGGGCCCUCUCAAACUACAGGUGCGAAGACACGACGUCAUCCAUCUGGGGGUGUCCUACGAGGCUGACGUCCAAUGUGACGUAUUGACGGGCCUCCAUUACACAUGGACGACGUUUGACUCUGCGGGCCACAUUUUGCCUGUUCCAGACGCUCACAAGCAGAGGCUCGUACUUCCGGGACAUCUCCUAGACUACGACACCUACACUGCUACAGCCAAGGUCAAGGUAGUCGGCAGUGUGGUGUACAGUAACUACAGUGUGAGAAUACAAGUGAUGCCCAGCCCUCUCGUAGCUUCCAUCCAGGGCGGCACCAACAUCUUCAUUAACAACAGGAACAUCACCAUGGUCACUCUGGAUGGACGGCAUUCCUACAAUCCCGACUUCCCUAUGAAUCCAGUCAGCGUCAAAUGGACAUGUGAACCGGUCAGCUCUAUCAAGAGUUCCUGCUUCAACCGUCACGUUGCUACUUACUCUCCUGUGCUCACCUUUCCCGUGAGCUCCCUCAAACACAACUUUGACCAGUUUCAUUUCACCCUCACCGUCCACAGUGGAAAUCUGUCGGCGUUGACGGAAGCAUUUGUCACACUGACGCCAAAUGUCGCCGGGAGGUUAACAGUAUCCUGCACUGAGUGUGAAGGAGACCAAGUCAACUGGGAUCAGUCGAUCUCAGUCAAAGCCGCAUGUGAAGACUGUGAGGUUCCCCCAAACAGCACCCAGUACAUCUGGACUUUUCACACGGUCAAUACUUCCUCCAAACCGGUAGUAGAAGUCCCAUUUUGUUAUAUGGUUGACCUCAGUGCCCCAGCCACCAUUAUAGAGAGCAAAUCCAUGUCCACUGGUUUGGCAGAACCUGUCCAUGGGGCUUCUCCAACCACCAUUGACCCAGCAGGAACUGCUGUCGAUGGUAGUGUCCGUUUGGAUCAGAGGGAGAUCGGAAGUAAACUUCCUCUUGAUUACGACUCCUCGACAGACUGGGAUAGUGCUGACACGAGAGAUGGACAAGAUUAUGACGCGCCCUUGCAAAUCACAGAGGAAGGAGAUCCAGGAAUCUCAGCCGGGAGACCAACAGGUGUGGAUGUUCAGACCUCGAGUCCGGGAGAUGAGCUGUCGUUCAACCCAGCGUCACAUGACCCCGAAGGGAGUAAUCUGUUGGAGUCCAGACCCGGGCAGGUGAUUCGGGAACAAACCUUGCUCGACCUCCCUCGAGACUUGGUAGAGGCGGGGUUGUUUGCGUCCUACACCUCCACAGGAGUUUCCUCCGCGUUGCUCAGCUUCAGACCUUUUAGUCUCAAGCCAGGCAGCAUGUACAUGCUGGAGAUCAUCGCCAAAUCUCAAAGGAGUAUUUUGGGCCGCACUCAACUGUUCUUGAGAACAAAGCCUGUUCCUAAAGGAAUGACGUGCCAGGUGCAACCGGGCCAAGGAGUGGAGUUAUACACACACUUCAGCAUCUUCUGCACCUCAGGGCGAGAGGACUUGCUGUACGAGUACAGCUUCAGUGUUGGGAGCGAACCUCCCAGGAUGUUGUACCGGGGGGGGAACUUUGAGUACUACUUCAGUCUUCCAUCCGGACAUCCCAAUGAUGACUAUAAAGUCACUGUAUACACAAAAAUCCGAAGUAGCAUGUAUGGAUCGUCCACCAAAGUCUGCCCUGUAACGAUACAAGUCCUGCCCAGCUUCUUCAGAAAUGUUUCCUCCAACAAUCCUGAUGUGGAAUUGUCCCAGUCGGGGCUGAAGAACCUCUCUGCGUUGAUUGUGCUUGGGAACAGUGCAGAGAUUGGCAACUACGUCAGUCUGUUGUCCGGCAUCCUGAAUAGACUCAGCUUGGACGGGCAGGCAGACCACCACAUUCAGAGACAUAUACGUAGUGUGCUCAUCUGCACUGUGUGCAAGCUGGAAAGCAGUGACCAGGACUCAAUGGUAGACAACAUGAACAUUCUCAAAGACCUUUUACAAGUCACAAGACAGGUCACAUUAGCGAGUGUCGUACGAGUGGCAGCUCACGUGCAAGCCAUUUCGGCGACGCUUUCUCGACCCGGUGCACCGAAGCGGUACCAACUGGACCAGAGGACGCUUAACACGCUGGUAACCGUGCUAUCAUACAGUCUGGAGGCCGCUGUCACCGCUCGUGACGCCGCAGCCGAAACAUCGUACGUUGCCGAUGUUCAGCGCAAGACGGCAUUCGAGCCGCAAACUGGAGUCAAUCCAGGAAAAGGUGUCACAGACUCGUCCAGUGAUGAUUUGCGCGGGACACAGCAGCUGGAGCAGCUUGUGGAAAAUAUUCUACAUACUGCAUCUGAGCUGAUCCUGAACUUGUCAAUUCCAGUCAUUAGCAGUGGCUCGGCGGUCUUUUACAUACCUGCGCCCCUGAUCCAUUCUCUCAGAGGAGAGUGCGUGCUCAGCCUCAUUGCUGAACUCAAGCGCUCACCUUGGAUCCGGGCCCACUAUCCUGGCACGAUAAGUGGACCAGCGGUUGACUUGACUCUGUAUAAAUGCAGCACGAGAAGACCAAUCUCAUUUCGAUCGCUCGUUCAGCCAAUCAUUGUGGAGAUGCAUCCAAGUCAAGACAAAAAGGAUUCUGCACGUGAGCAUAUCCUCCUGCGAAACUCCAUCAACUACCACAGCUUCAACAUCACCCAGGAGCAUUUGCAGCAGGCGAUCCAGUUGAGUGUGGCAUUCAUGCUGCCACUCGACCAGCCAUUUCCCGUCAUGCUGCUCUUCAGGAUGUUUGCUAAGCCAGCUCCAAGCAUGCACCACCUGCAGAGGAUUCACCUCUGGGAGACCAACACCACUCGCAUCACCCUGCCACCGUCCUACCUCAAUGCUCCAGGGGUUGGCUACUUGGCGUUAUUAAACAGUGACUUUGGUAAGCCAAUCAGACACAAGCAUCUGAGCAGCCAGAUCAUGUACACUCUGGCGGUGGACACCAGCCAGUGCUUGUCCUUGGACCGCCCGAAGGGGGCCUGGACGCGGCUGGCCUGCGGCACACACCAAGCGGACAGAACCGAUGCAGUCAACUGCAGUUGUCACCAGUUGAGGACGCUAACUGUGGUGCGAAAGCAGAUUCAGAGUAGCUUUGAAGCAGCCGACCUGGACCCCUUCCUCAGUGAGUCCACUGAUGCGACUGUCCUGGUUGUCGUGCUGCUGCUUACGUGUCUGUACAUCCCAGCGUUUGCAAAGUGCAGGAGAGCAGACGUCCUCUCGGAGCAGAAUGCACGCGUCCACUACCUAAACGACAACUGUCGAUCGGACCCACAUCUCUAUGCCGUUACCAUCCACACCGGCCUCUGCUCUGCGUACAGACUGAGUGCAAAGGUUUACAUCGCACUGCACGGUGGCGACGGCGUCUCGCAGACAAGAGAACUAUAUGUCCCGGGAUGCGCUCUGUUCCGGAGGAACUCACGAGACACCUUUAUACUCAGUGCAGCGGAUAGUCUGGGUCCGGUGUGGGGGGUGCACAUCUGGCAUGACAACUCAGGACCUUCACCACAUUUUUACCUCAAACGAGUGGAAAUACGUGAGGUAAGGCUCUCCUCCGGUGCACGAACGUGGCUCUUUGCGAGCCAGCGCUGGUUGUCCGCGAGCAAAGGCGACGGGCAAGUCGGGAGAAUGCUGCGUGUUUGUACUCGCGCAAUAGGCCGAGCUCAGAUGUUACGCCUCAGGCUGUGUGACGACCUGGCUGACUUCCACAUGUGGAUGUCUGUGUACAGCUGCCCUCAGCCGCACUCAUUCACGCACAUCCAAAGACUUGGCGUAUGCCUGCUUCUAUUUGCGGGGUAUGCGUGUGUCAAUGCACUCAUCAUAUCGCAAAUGGAUGAAGUGCUACAUUCCGAGGUGGGCAUUACUGCUGUAUCAGCUGCGUCUCUGACAACCGGAGUAUUAAGUGUGGCGUUGGUGUUGCCCACGGCAACACUGAUAACGUUCCUUUUUCGAAUGCAUGACGUGACGCUGAUGAUGGCAGAGGAAGGAGCACAGACUGACCGGGACUCCGGGGAAGACAUGAUUCCAAAACAGAUGGGCCUUCAAGAACAAGCCUUUUCCAAGGGUGGAAGUGAAAGCGGCUGCUUCGACCAGGCAACCCGGUUCGAACACAGCAGACAUCUUUUUGUUUUUGACAAGCUGAGAUGGAGGAAAGUAAGAUGUCGGUGGUGUUACUAUGCGGCGUGGACGCUGUGUCUGCUUUUGUCCAUUGCCGGUCUCGUGCUCUCUGCACUGUUGGGACUCAGGUUCGGCAGUAGUAAGCCGCAACUUUGGCUCCAUUCUCUCUUCAUCUCCUUGUUGUUAUGCAACUUCGUGAUCCAGCCAAUUGUGAUCCUUGCAGUCAGUGUGACUGUCUCCAUUUGGUACAGAAAUAGAAUAGACUUUCAUCGUCUGUCCAGAAUCAUGUUUAAAGCAGAAGAGCAGCGCACUUCUGCACUCCAAUCAGAGAGAUGCUCAGACGUCGAAAAGCUUCUUGGGCAGCGCCACCGAGCAAGGUUUCUUCGUCUUGUACGUCCAGCGACUGUUGCGGAGCUGAGGCCGGCUCGAGGACACAGCAGACGUGAGGCUUUGAUUCAUAAAACCCUCAGGGACUUGUGUUUCUCGGUCGCGACGCUCCUCCUGAUGUCGUGCAUUUCCCGCGGCAGCUCAUUCAGCGACCACUACCGCCUCAACAAAGCCGUCAGACAACAGUUUACCGUUGGGGGAGAGCAGCCUUCAUUCAUGUCCAUACAGAAAUAUGAAGACUGGUGGAAGUGGACGCAGAGCAGUUUGCUUCAUUUACUGUGCGAGAAUCCCUCUGCUGCAACGAAGUCCGACGUCUUCCAACGAUCAUACGUCUUGAUCGGAGAGCCGGUCGUAUGGACAACGCAGCUCUGCAGGAAAAGAUCGUCCGCAUGCCCUCCCUCACGUGUCAUUGCGGCACGGUGUGCCCACCCGGGCCGCAACGCAGGACCGAGCGGCGCGGUUAGACUCGGCCACACGGGGUCUGACGCCACAUCUAGACGGAAGGCCUCGCAUUGUCGUGGCUGUGCGGUAUGGAAGGCGCAGUUCACCUUGUAUAGCCCUGCUCCUGACUUGUUCACCGCUGUGACCCUGCUGGCUGAGCGGAGCCCCGCGGGCACCCUGUUGACCUCGGCCGCAGUCCGGUCAGCGAAGGUUUACCGCACACCUACUGUUUGGGAAUAUGUCGUCUCUGUCUGCCAGCUGCUAUUCCUCUGUUUGUCUCCGCUGCAUCUCUGCGUUCAAGUCGCCACCGCAUGGCAGAAUGGCCCGAUGGGAUACCGCACAGCACUCUCCGACUGGCUGCAUGCAACGAUGCAAAUCGUGAUCUUCAUAUACUCUUAUCAUGACAUCUACCGCUCUGUGGAGGCCGCGGAGGUCGUGCAGCUGCUGCAGAGGAACGACGGCAAACAACACGUGGAUGUCAGCCUCCUGGCUGCGAGGGAACAACUUAUUCGCUCGCUUCGCGGCGUUCUCCUCCUCCUCCUCGCUGUCAAGUGCGCGACCACGCCGAGGCUAAACAGCUCUGCGACCCGCUUGGCCUGCUCGUUCCCGAACCUCAUGUCAGCUGUCCUCCUGCUGCCGGUCGUACGCUCCCUUCACACUUUGUUCUGUAACAGCUCGGACCACAAGGCCAUGGGCGGUCUCCUCCGUUGUGAACGUUCAUUCCUAAGCUUCCGAACCGUCUGCCUGUCGUGCGCUCUUGUGAUGACGGCCGUCGGGUCCUCAUCGGGCGCUAAAAGGCGUCGGAGCAGAAAGGAGGCGUGCACUUUGACGGAAUUAAGCGGCUACGUUCGACGCAGGGUCCGUGAGCUCGCUGGGCGCGAAGGAUCAAUGAGGCCCGCUGUGGAGAGCAAGACUUACUACCUGGAGGAGUUUGAAAGUUUAGUGGAUGAGCUAAUGCUCAGACUAACCAGGCUGAACCACACGCUAGCCCGUGUUGACCAUCAUGUCCCUGUCGACUCCCUCCAUGAGCCCACUCCUCAGAACAUUGCAAGAACACACUCGAUAGAACCGGAACCCCAGGCGAAUGGUCCGACAUGUCUCAGUCACUGUGAAGACGCGACACCCGCCUCUCACCUUCGCAGCAUUGCGGCAUUGCCUCAACCGAGUGGAAGGGGCGGACAAUCGGAAUCCAUGGUAGAGGAGCUUCACAGUGGACAAGCAGAGUGUCAUUCAGUCCUAAGUGGUGCUCCUGAAAGGCAAACCAGCCUCACGACCAGGACAAGUGCCGGAUUUGUGUCUGUUGUUAAGUGUAGGACAACUACUGAGGCGACACACGCAGAGCAAUUGGUGGAAGUUCUGAUCCAUGAAGAGCCUUUCUAAACAUUCUUUAAAUUGUACAUUGGGACACAAUAUGCAUUGAUGGCUCUG